AUGGCAAAUCAAAAAGCUAUUGUUAAGUCUAUCCUUUCUGGUGAUACGUUGAUUCUUCGUGGAAGACCCUCCGGCAACCAGCCCCCGCCUGAGAGGCAAUUAAACUUGGCUUAUAUUCAGGCUCCAAGACUCGGAAAUCAAAAAAAGGAGGAUGAGCCUUUCGCAUUUGAAGCUCGUGAAUAUCUCCGUGGUUUCCUGGUUGGUAAAGAAGUUACUUUUCGUGUAGACUAUAAUAUCCCAACCACCGGAAGAGAAUAUGGAACCAUAUUAUACGGUAAUGAAAAUGUCACAAAUGUCACUCAAAUGGUAAUUAAAGAGGGAUGGGCUAAAGUUCGAGAAGAUGGAAGAAAGAAUAAGGAAGAAAGUAGGGGGGAGGAAAUCGAAACGCUUAUUGCUUUGGAGUCUGAUGCCAAAUCUGCCGGUAAAGGUAUCUGGCAGACUCAAGAUCAGGAGAAUUCGCGCAAAGUUAAUUAUACUUUACAGGAAGAACCGAGAGAAUAUUUGGAUAAAUAUAAAGGAUUGGUUGUCGAAGGCAUUAUUGAACAGGUUCGAGAUGGAUCAAGUUUGCGCGUUUUAUUCAUUCCUCCCUCUCCCGCGCCACAACAAUAUCUGAAUAUAAACAUUUCUGGAAUAAAAGCUCCAAUUGUUCGCAAAGAUGUACCGGAUGUUGAAGAUUUGAUUGAACCAUUUGGAGAAGAAGCUAAAUAUUUCGUUGAAACUAGAUUAUUGCAAAGAAAUGUCAAAGUGAUACUGGAAGGUUUAUCAGGAAAUCAGGCUUUCUUUGCUUCAAUUUUACAUCCUGCUGGUAAUAUAGCGGAAGCUUUAUUAACGAGCGGUUUAGCCAAAGUUGCUGAUCGAAGUAUCACUAUGGUUACUGAUGGCCAUACUAAAUUACGCGCCGCUGAAAGCAUUGCUAAAGAAAAGCAAUUGCGACUUUGGCAAGGACAUGUUGCAAGGAACAGAGCUGGUGGUGAUGAUCAUGAAUUUGAAGCCACUGUAACGCGUAUAAUUUCCGGUGAUACAAUUUCUGUAAAGCAUAAUCGAACGGGAGUUGAAAGAAAAUUGCAAUUAUCGAGCAUUCGUCAGCCAAAACCCAAAGAUCCAAAAUUGCCGGAAUAUAACUUUGAUGCCAAAGAGCUUUUACGGAAGAAAUUAAUCGGUAAAACUGUUAAAGUGACCAUUGACUAUAGUAAACCUGCGACAGAUGGAUUUGAAGCAAAAGAUUGCGCUACAAUUAAACUCGGAGAAUUUAACGCAGCGGAGGCUUUGCUAGAACGCGGUUUAGCACAUAUUAUACGCCAUAGGAGAGAUGAUGAGGAUCGGUCCAGCUUUUAUGAUCAACUUAUGAUUGCAGAACAAAAAGCGCAAAAUAGCACUAAGGGAAUACAUAGUCCCAAGGAUCCUCCAGUUUACAGAAUUAUUGAUGCUUCUGAGAAUGCAGCGAAAGCUAAACAAUUUUUGAAUUCAUUGCAAAGAGCGGGUCGAGUUCCUGGUGUAGUGGAUUACGUAUAUAACGCAUCAAGAUUUAAAAUUUAUAUUCCAAGAGAAAGCUAUAAGUUAACGUUUGUGCUUGGAGGAAUACGUGCACCAAGGCCUGGACGUAAUCCAUCGGAUAAGUCUGAACCAUUUGCUGUUGAAGCAUCAGAAUUUGCUACACGUAGAACAUUUCAGCGAGAUGUGGAUAUUGAAGUCGAAAAUAUUGAUAAAACUGGAGGAUUUAUCGGAACAAUGUGGAUUAAAAAUGAAAAUUUUGCCGUAAUGUUGCUACGAGAUGGGUUUGCUUCUGUUCAUGAUUAUAGUGCAAGUCAAAGUUCUUAUUCACAACAAUUAUAUGCUGCCGAAGAAAGUGCCAAAACAGAAAAGAAAAAUAUAUGGUCGUUACAAGAUAAUGAAGUAUCUAAAGAGCAAGAAGUAGCAAUUGUAACUGAAGUGGAGCCACGCAAAGAAUACGUAGAUAUUGUUGUAACAGAAAUUAUUUCAGGAGGAAGAUUUUAUUUACAAGUCAUCAAUGAUGAUAUUCAUAAGUUAGAGAAAAUGAUGUCUGAAUUUUCUUUAUAUCAUAAAAAUAAUGCGAGUUCGUCAUCAUCAUUUACUCCAAAAAAUAAUGAGAUGGUUAGUGCUCAAUUUACUGAAGAUAAUCGAUGGUACCGUGCAAAAAUAAGAAAGGUUAUACCAGAUUCGAAGAGUGCCGAAGUAAUUUAUGUUGAUUAUGGAAAUUCUGAAAUGAUUCCAUUAAGUCGAGUUCGUCCACUUCCCGAUAAUUUUAAACAAUUACCAUCUCAAUCUCAAGAAGCUAUACUUUCAUUUUUGAAUGUCCGCAAUCGAGAGGAAGAAUAUGGACUAGAAGCAUAUGAACAUUUUAGAGAUUUAGUUGAAAAUAAACAACUUGUGGCUAAUAUUGAUUAUAAAGAAAAUAAUUUGUAUCAUCUUACACUUUUUGACUCAAAACAAUCUCAAUCCAUUGAAGAUUCAAUUAACACUGAAAUGGUUAAAGCUGGAUAUGCAAUAGUUGAUAAAAAAUCCAUACUAUAUAGAAGUAAUCCCACAGUUGUAGAAAAAUUACUUGAAGCUCAAGAACAAGCUAAGAAGGGCAGGAUGGGAAUGUUUGAAUAUGGUGAUAUUACUGCCGAUGAUGAAUAA